GAGAGGGGAUGAGGAAUUCAUCCGAGCAGGGAGGAGGGGGCUGCACAGCUCCUGUAUGGAGGCGGGGGGGGGGGGGGCUCUACAGACUGCAGCCUCUGAUAUAGGAGGGGAGACCCGGAGCACACAGCACUCCAGUAUAGAGACAUGGAGGAUGACACAGAGAAGACACCUCCUGAUGGAGCGUAUGGUGAACCACAGAAAUAUGAUCCGAGUUUUAAGGGCCCAAUACACAACAGAGGCUGUACGGACAUCCUGUGCUGUAUACUCAUAGUGCUCGCCGUUAUUGCAUACGUGGCUGUGGGGAUUGUCGCCUGGACAUAUGGAGAUCCACGGAAAGUCAUCUACCCGACGGACAGUAAGGGCCAGUUCUGCGGACAAGCCGGGACCCCUAACGAGAAGAAGCCAUUUUUGUUUUACUUCAACAUCAUGAAAUGCGCCAGCCCCCUCGUCCUGCUGGAAUUCCAGUGCCCAACUACACAGAUCUGUGUGGAGAAAUGUCCGGACAGAUUCCUCACGUAUCUCAGCGUGACCACCGCCCAGGAUAACUUUGACUACUACAAGCAGUUCUGCAGGGAAGGCUUCAACGACUUCACCAAGAGUGGAGUGGAAGUACUGAGAGACCGGGACUGUCCGGCCAUGAUCACACCAAGCAAACCAUUCACUAGAAGAUGCUUCCCUGCUAUUAACAUCAAAAAAGGUGUGGUCAUGGUUGGAAACUCAACAACCUUCGAUGAUGGAAGAGACCAAAGACAACGCAACGUGACUGACCUGGUGGAGGGAGCUAAGAAAGCCAACGUGGUGCUGGAGGCUCGGCAGGUGGCCAUGAAGAUAUUCGAGGACUAUACCGUGUCGUGGUACUGGAUAAUCCUCGGUCUUGUCAUCGCCAUGUUGAUCAGCCUCCUUUUCGUGGUCCUGCUGAGGUUUCUGGCGGGGAUUAUGGUCUGGGUGAUGAUUGUGUUGCUGAUCGCGGUGAUGGGAUACGGAAUCUUCCAUUGUUACAUGGAAUAUGCCCGCCUGAAGGGAACGUCGGGGUCUGAUGUCAAAUUGACGGACAUUGGGUUUCAGAGCGAUUUACGGGUGUACCUGCACCUGCGGCAGACGUGGCUGGCGUUCAUGAUCAUUCUGUGUAUUAUGGAAGUCGUCAUCAUCCUGCUGCUGAUAUUUCUCCGGAAAAGGAUCCUGAUCGCCAUUGCUCUCAUCAAAGAAUCCAGCAGGGCGGUCGGACAUGUCAUGUGCUCCUUGGUGUUCCCCCUCUUUACGUUCUUUCUGGUGUGUCUCUGUAUCGCCUAUUGGGCCAUCACAGCAGUAUUCCUCUCUACCUCUAAUGAUGCAGUCUAUAAAGUGUUCAAUGAGACGCAGUGUGACUAUGCUGGAAAAACCUGUGACCCUGAGACUUUUAACACCACCAACACUUCCCGCAUUUGCCCGGAUGCCACCUGCCAGUUUGCCUUCUACGGCGGAGAGACCUACUACCACAAGUACCUGAUCAUCUUCCAGAUCUAUAAUGCCUUCAUGUUCCUCUGGCUGGCAAACUUCGUCAUCGCCCUGGGUCAGGUGACCCUCGCCGGGGCUUUUGCCUCUUAUUACUGGGCCUUCAAGAAACCAGACGACAUGCCGGCCUUCCCCAUCUUCUCCUCCUUGGGCCGGGCUCUCAGAUACCACACAGGGUCCCUGGCGUUCGGGUCUCUUAUCCUUGCGAUUGUGCAGCUGAUCAGGAUCAUGCUGGAAUAUCUGGACCACAAACUAAAAGGGGCGGAUAAUAAGUUUGCCCGUUUCCUCCUGUGUUGUCUCAAGUGCUGUUUCUGGUGUCUCGAAAAAUUCAUCAAGUUCCUCAAUCGAAAUGCCUACAUCAUGAUUGCCAUUUACGGGACCAACUUCUGCACAUCGGCCCGGAACGCCUUCUUCUUGCUUAUGCGAAACAUAAUUCGUGUUGCAGUCCUUGAUAAAGUCACUGACUUCCUGCUGUUCCUAGGAAAGCUGCUGGUUGUGGGCUGUGUGGGAAUCCUGGCUUUCUUCUUUUUCACUCGUCGCAUCCAGAUCGUUCAGGACACGGCGCCAACUCUCAAUUACUACUGGGUGCCGAUUCUGACAGUGGUGAUCGGCUCCUACCUUAUCGCCCACGGCUUCUUCAGCGUGUACGGGAUGUGCGUGGACACCCUCUUCCUGUGUUUCUUGGAAGAUCUGGAAAGGAACGACGGCUCCACAGAGAAACCUUAUUACAUGUCCGCCAACUUACAGAAACUGCUGAACAAAAAGAACAAAGACGAGGACGGGAAAAGACUGCUGUGACGUCACCACUGCAUGUAAUGACCUCACGGGCCGGACGCGAGGGCGCCAUACUAGUGUCCAGCCACGAAGAUACAGGAUGUAUAUACAUAAUGUUGUGUCACUUUAAGAAAUUGCUUAAAGGGGUUGUACAAGAGUAGAGAAACUUGGCUGCUUUCUUUAACAAACAGCGCCACCCCUGCCCAAAGGGAUAUGUGUGGUAUUGUGGCUCUGCUGCAUUGUAGUGAGCGGAACUGAGCCACACGCAACCUGUGGACAGGCGUGGUGCUGCUUCUAGAGGCAGGCGGACAUGUGUCUCCAAUCCUGUACACCCCUCUGCCAGCUUUAUGGUUAAUCAUAUAAAUUUUUAGGUCUAACAUUCUGUAGCGCCAUCUUUUUUUUUUCUUUCUGAUACAGCGCACCAAAUCCGCUGCAUAAGCCAUAAAAUGACUAAUAAAAUUCUGUCUACCUGCAGUCACCACUAGAGGGAGCUCACUGCGCACGCUUUUAUUAUUGAGUAUAAACAUUAGUGCAGGGAGCUCCCUCUAGUGGUGAUUGCAGGUAGACAGAAUUUAAUCAGGUCAUUGCAGGGAAUUGGGAGCUCUAUAUCAUGGGGGGAAAAAAUUAACUCCGACUUGGAUAUUUGCUUCUGGGAAAGCUGGGUUGGGACUGUUCCCAGCUUUCCUAGACUCCUGAGUCGGGCUGGUUACGAACAAAUAUCUGUCGUCUCAGAUCCUGGCAUGACUAGGCAGACUUACCAUUCAGAAGUCUAGGAAAGAUGGAUGGACUACUGUAAGAACUAUUAGUUGUCACCCAGCUUUCCCAGAUAUUUACUCUAGGGGGCGCUGCUCUUGAAGGCAGAAUCUGCUUUUACACCACCCUGCCCACCCUCGUGGUCACAUGCCAACGCCAUAUUUUUACCUAAAGUUAACUGGACUGUCCUUUGUCUUUUUUUUUUUUUUUUAUAGUUUUUAUAUAUAUAUUUGCAUGGAGAGUGUUUUAUGUAUUUGUGUAUAUAUAUAUAUAUAUA